GUUAUCAUAUGUUAUAAACGUAAUAUUUUAUACGCAAUCAGUUAAUCAGUUCUAUAAAAGUUCUUAGAAUGCAAAUAAGUGAAACACAUUGUAUAAAGAAAUGCCCUAUUUACAUCGCACUUGAAUCAAUAAUCCGAGUUUAAUGAAAAUAAUAAACGUGGAAUUGUUAAAAUGUUGUUAAGGAGAGUAAACUUGCUACAAAUUUUUAGUUCUGGUCAAAAAACAAGCAACAGAUAUCUAAAUUUCAUACCUGUUGUUGUUGAACAAAGUGGUAGAGGAGAACGUGCAUAUGACAUUUAUUCACGUCUCUUAAAAGAAAGGAUUAUAUGUCUAAUGGGCCCAAUUACAGAUAAUGUGUCUUCAGUAGUGAUAGCUCAACUUCUAUUUCUUCAAUCUGAGAAUAGUAAAAAUCCAAUUCAUAUGUAUAUUAAUUCACCUGGUGGAAGUGUAACUGCAGGGCUCGGUAUAUAUGAUACUAUGCAAUAUGUUCUACCUCCUGUUGCAACAUGGUGUGUAGGACAAGCAUGCUCAAUGGCAAGUUUAUUAUUAGCUGCAGGAACAAACGGUAUGCGUCAUUCGUUGCCUAAUGCAAGAAUUAUGACACAUCAACCAUCAGGAGGUGUAUUUGGUCAAGCUACUGAUAUACAAAUACAAGCCCUAGAAAUAUUAAAGCUCAAAAAGCAAAUCAAUCGUCUAUAUGUCAAACACACAGGCCUAGACCUGGAAAAAAUAGAACGUUGCAUGGAAAGGGAUAAUUUUAUGAGUCCCACCGAAGCAAAGGAAUUUGGAAUUAUAGAUAAGAUAUUAUGUCAACCGAUGCAAGAAGAAGAAAAAGUAGAAAGUACAAACUUAAAAGAAAGAACCUUGAAAGAAGUUACUCUUGAAGUUACCACCCAACCUUAAUAUUAGGGUUAAAGAACACAUGUGCUUAAAAUUAUAUAAUUUUAUUAAAACAUGUAUUAAUCAAUAUUUAAAAAAAGUAAUAAAAUAUUUUUAACACAAUUUA